GUUUCAGUCAAGUCUCUCAUCUCUGGUGUUCAGUUAAUUCUUUUGGAUCGACAUCGUUGCGGCGUGCUCUUCGUUCUUGCUGUUGUCUUGAGAACCUCAUAUUUAUUCGGAAUGGAUGCUCCACAGGAAGGACAGGUUGGCGCUGAGUCGGGCAAUGAGUUCGAUGACGAUAAGUCGAAUUCUGACUGUCAAUCCAUGCCAGCUUAUAUGAAUUCAGUUUUACGGCGGCAGUUUUUGCAAGAAAUGGUUAAAUCGUUGCCAGAAAGUGUUCAGAAGAGGAUCACUGUUCUGAAAAACAUGCAAUUGGACCAAUUGCAAAUGGAAGCUAAAUUUUUUGAAGAGGUUUACAAUUUGGAGAAAAAGUAUCAAUUGAGCUAUCAACCCAUUUUAGACAAGCGCAGAGAAAUAAUUACCGGCAAAGUGGAACCCGCGGAAGAGAAACCAAAGUGGAAAGAACCAGAGGUUUUACCCAUCGAUGGAGAUGCCAGCGAUGCAUUCCAAAAAUCUCUUAAAAAUAUAAAAGCAAUGCCCCAGGAUGUGGCUGGAAUCCCAGAUUUUUGGCUUACAGUGUUCCGAAAUACAGGAAUGCUGUCUGAAAUGGUGCAGUCUCAUGAUGAGCCAGCUAUUCGCCAUCUUACGGACAUUUCAAUUAAAUAUGAUGAUGAACAUUCUUAUACUUUAGGUUUUCAUUUUGAUAAAAAUGAAUUCUUUUCGAACUCGGUACUUACGAAGCAAUACUUCCUGAAGUCCACCGUCGAUCUUGAGGAUCCAUUUGCGUUCGAAGGACCAGAAAUUUAUAAGUGCAAAGGUUGCGUUAUAAAUUGGGAAAAGAAAAUGAACUUGACCGUUAAGACUAUCCGGAAGAAACAGAAGCACAAGGAGCGUGGUGCAGUGCGCACCAUUGUUAAACAGGUUCCCACAGAUUCCUUCUUUAAUUUCUUUAAUCCACCAGAAGUUUCGGAAGACAAGGAAGAAAUCGACGAUGAGUCUCAGCAAAUAUUGGCAACUGAUUUCGAAAUCGGUCACUUUUUACGUGCAAGAAUUAUUCCAAAAGCUGUGCUUUAUUUCACGGGUGACAUUGUUGAUGACGAAGACGAUGAAGAUGAAGAAGAAUUCGAAAACGAAGAUGAUGAAUUCGACGAUGAUGAGAACGAGGGUCAAAGCAAACCCAGCAAAAAACAGUCUCCAAAUGAUUGUCCUAAUCAAUAGAACAAAAAAAUAUUGAAUAUUCAACCUUAAAAGUUGUGCAUAAUAAGUAUAUAUUAAAAUAUAUUUUUGGUGAAUUCAAAUUUCAAGAAAUGUAUUUAUCUUUGAAUCAAUUA